UUGUCAUCUCAUCCCCCUUUUACUAUGACGGAAAACACAAAUUACUGACGUUUUCAUUAAUUUAUAACAUAAAAACGUGUCGGUUACCGCAAUAUUCGUGCCUAAGAUAGUUUAAAAGAGGUUUCAUAGUGAACCACACAAAAUGCGUUUAGCACUGCAUCCAGCCGGUACGCUAAUCUCACUAUCGCUUUUACUGUUACUGAGCACCUGCUCUGCGCUAUACGAGGACCAGAUUAAAAAAUUCGACUGGCGUAGCGUUCAUGUUGGUGCCUUAAAGCAGGUCCACGUCGACCUCAACCAUUUUCAGCCGCGAAUAUUGCUAAGUACGAAUGAGCAAGUGGUCGCCUCAUUAUGUCCAAAAUCCGGAGAGAUUGUCUGGCGACAGGUGCUAGAGCAGAAGUCAAGAGGCGACGUGAAGUUGUUGCAAGUAAGCGGAUUCUCCGACGAUAGUAGUGACACGGCUGCCGCUCCAAUGGGCUCCCGUCUAGGCUUUGACAUGCUGACUGUUCAGGGUCAUGCGCCCUCUCUGGUACGUGGCUGGAAUACUAACAUUGGUACAAUCGAGUGGGAGUGGUCCAUAAUGCCAUUGAAUACAGAACGUGCCCAGGACGCGCUCUGGUUUUAUAAGAACUCGGUGCUGUAUCACGUAGUGCCUGUGUGGCGGAGUCAUCUAGAGGUAACUGCCUACUUUGCCACCUCAGGACACACAACCGGCAGCACGAGCAAGAUAAUGGCAGCAUGGAUUAAGUCCGACAGCUGUUUGCUCAGCGGAACCUACUUUGUUUGUUUGGAUGGUAAACAGCUCAUCAGCUUAGAUCUGCUGGCCAAAAGUACGCAGGUUAUUGCCACGCCUCUUCUAACUGAGCCCAGUGACAAAAUCCAAUCUCUACCGGGUCUAAACGGUGUGCUUAUUGCCAACAAGAGACUUAUUAGCGUUAAUAAGGAACAAGCCGUGUGCUCUGAACUGAAUAGUGCCAGCUAUGUUAUAGGAAGUUUCAAUUACCGCAAAGUUGUGGCCUACGCGGAUUUGGCAGACGGCAAUCUCAAAAUUAACGCUGUUUAUUUGGACAACUGCUCACCUGUCCCAGAGCUACAAAUGAGCUUAGCCUUUGCUGAUCAUUAUGGAACUCCUAGUCUGCGUUCCUUUGACUGCAAACUGAAGCGCAAUAGCGAUGGUAAAAGCUGUCUGUUUCUAUUUGCCACUAGCGCCGAGUCCAUUGUUGCCGUACAGCAAGGACGAGUACGUUGGGCACGUGAGGAGUCGUUGGCUAAUGUUAUUGAUACGCAGUUCAUUGACUUACCAUUGUCUGAUACAGAGGGCACUCUGGAGAACGAAAUGAAGGGCAAAGCGGGCGACAUUGUCAGUGCCUUUAUGCGUCGAAUCACCACACAAGCGCUCCAAAUCAAAAGCCUGUUCCUGCAUGUCAUCGGACUGGGCCCACCACCUACGGAUACGCAACGUGCUGGACUUGUGCGCGACUCUUUUGGUCUCCACAAGAUGCUGGUGCUGUUGACACGCACUGGCAAAAUAUUCGGCAUCGACAACGUUGCUGGUAAACAUCAUUGGAAGUUGUAUCUCCCAAAUGUAUCGGGCUUUGAGAAUGCCGAGGAGAUGCGUCUGAUUGUACAGCGAAGCUCCAAACAUUUCCCAUUGCAGCCACUGUGCGCAAUUGUUGCCAAGUUUGCAACUAAUGGCAAUGGAGUAUUGUUUCGCUUUAACCCCAUCACUGGUCUCGCCGCCGAAGGCGGACUCCUGCAGCUGGAUUAUCAAAUCAAGCAGCUUGCGCUUUUGCCUGAAACGGAACAAGACUUUGUUAAGGGCAUACUGAUGCUGGACGCUGCCAACAAAGUUCAUGUGCAGCCCAAGCAUGCUACUCCACUGGCUGAUGGUAUGUACUUGUAUACUGCCGAUGUAAAGACUGCUGAACUCGAGGGUUACUUUGUGAAAUAUGCGGGCAGCGAACUAUCUUGCACGCCCAUUUGGAAUGUGCGCCUUGGAGGGCACAAUUCGGAACAGCAUAUUAUUGGCGUUGCCAGCAAGAAUCCCAUCGAGCACGUUCACUCUCAGGGUCGUGUUCUGGGCGAUCGCUCCGUGCUUUAUAAGUACAUCAAUCCCAAUUUGGUCGCUUUCGUAACACAGGCUCCAGAUGCCAUUCACAAAUCUGUGCUCAAUUUGUAUUUAAUUGAUGUUGUCUCCGGCUCCGUUAUAUUCUCUAUGACACAUCGCAAGGUGCGUCCUCCGCUUCAUAUUGUGCACUCAGAGAACUGGUUGGCCUACUCUUAUUUCAACGAUAAAGUGCGUCGCACGGAAAUCACUACCAUCGAGCUGUAUGAGGGUAACGCCCAGGGCAACAACAGUGUCUGGAGCUCCUUGCAGGCACCUUCUAUGCCCCUUGUAGAACGUCAAUCUUACAUCAUACCUACCAUUGUUGAGGCCUUGCGCGAAACUAUCACCGAACGCGGUAUCACCAACAAACACGUGCUAAUUGGCACAGCCAGUGGCGGAAUCGUUGAAAUGCCCUGGCACCUCCUGGACCCACGUCGUCCGAUUUCAUCGACCACACAGGGACGAGAAGAAGGCGCCAUUCCUUAUAUACCCGAGUUACCAUUGCCCACAGAGAAUCAUAUAAAUUACAAUCAGACCAUUGCACGUUUGCGUAAUAUUUAUACCGCUCCCAGCGGUCUGGAGAGUACCUGUCUAGUCGUGGCCACUGGCUUAGAUUUGUUCGUUACACGCGUUGCGCCUUCCAAAACGUUCGAUUUGUUAAAGGAGGAUUUUGAUUAUAUACUAAUAUCCAUAGUGCUAGUCGUGCUCACAUCGGGCUCUUUGAUUGUUAGGCAUUUAGCGUCGCGCAAAUUGCUCAAGCAGGCGUGGAAAUAGACGCGACACUAUUAAAAAUAUGUAAUUGCUUUAUAUUAAUUGUACUACGACCAAAAAAAA